AUGCUUGGUGGCCACAACUGGACAAACAGUUGCCGUAUAGAUGAGUACAAGAGGCCGGUGUUUGUGGGGGUGUACAGUGUGGUUCUGGCGGUGGGCCUGGUGUGUAAUACGGCCGCUCUCUACGUGUUUGUGGGGCUGACCAGGCGCAAGACCGCCAGCACCAUCUUCAUGACCAACAUGGCCAUGUCCGACCUGUUCUUCAACCUGACCCUGCCUUACCGCAUCGCCUACUACUGGCAAAACCACUGGACACUGGGCACCUUCCUGUGCCGACUCAGCACCUACGCCUUCUACCUCAACCUGUACGCCAGCAUUUACUUCCUGACCGCUCUCAGUGUCUUCCGCUACGUGGCCAUCCUGCACCCGGUCCGAGCCAAGACUCUGGUCAGCGUCCGGCGAGCUUGGGCCGCCUGCCUGGGCAUCUGGCUGUUUGUCGGCCUGAGUUCGGCCCCCUUCCUGCGAGCCUCACCCCACAUGCGGCAAGGGAGGAUGCGUUGCUUCGAACCCCACUCCAUGUCUUGGGGUCAGAUCCUGAAGAUGAAUUACAUGGCCUUGGUCCUGGGAUUCCUGCUGCCGUUCCUGACCAUCGUGGCUUGUUAUGGCCGUAUCGUGGUGCGCCUCUGGUCACCCAACUACCAGCUGCAGAGGUCAGCUCGUUCCUCCCGCAAACCCAUCUCCAUGAUCUUAAUUGUCCUCUCCUCCUUCCUCUUCUGCUUCCUCCCCUACCAUGUGGCCCGGACUGUCCACCUCCACCUCAUGGCUCAAGGCCGACAGUGUCAACAUCAAACACUGCUGGUCCACAAGGCCAUCGUGGCCACACUGUGCCUGGCCGCGGCCAAUAGCUGCCUCAACCCCCUCCUCUACUACUUUGUGGGGGAGAACUUCCGCAGGUUGGUCAAGAGUUCGUUGACCUUCCGCAUCCGUGGCCACUCGGCCCGAUCCAUCUCCUCCUAUCCCCUGCGGACAGCCACCACUGUCGUUCCCGAAGCACCCUGACCCAGUGGGCAGUUAGUGUCUCCAUCCACUCCGGCCACUGCCCACUGUAGACACUGCCCACUCCGGCCACUGACCACACCGG